AAUACGUUUUUAUUAUUAUUUGCAAUGGAUUAGUAACGGUUUUGACAGUCUAUUUGUUAAAAAGUCAAAAAUAAUUUAAUGUGGUGUUUUAAAACAGGAAUUGAAUUACCUAAAGGAGAGUUAAGCUUCGUGGAAACAUGGCCAUUGAUGAAUCCAAACGACGUCGCAUUCAUUUUAAUUACAUAUUUGCUGUUCACGUUCAAAGUGGGCCCCUACAUUAUGGAGAAACGACAGCCUUUCCAAAUAAAAACUUUUAUCGUGAUCUACAAUGUUUUUAAGAUUAUUAAUUCCGUCAUUUUAGGAUCCAGGUUUCUGUCCUACGUUAUUGACAACGGCUUGUUUCCAAGAACGUGUAAAUACAAUAAUAACACUGUUUAUACAAUAGCGGUCCUCUACUGGAAAUAUAUGGCAGCUUCAAUCCUAGACCUUUUCGAUACGGUAUUUCUGGUAAUCUGCAAGAAAUACAGUCUUGUGACAUUUCACCAAGCCUUUUACAACGUCUUACUACUCAUCACCGCCUGGUCCUGUCUUAAAUAUGAUCCUACGGACCAGUGGAUGUGUACAAAUAUGAUGAGUUGUUUCAUACAUACAGUAAUAUAUGUGUAUAAUGCAUUGACUACAAUGGAGCCUACUUAUGCGAAGUAUUUAUGGUGGAAGAAGUAUUUAAUGAUUGUACUGAUGAUACAAUUCGUGCUAGUUGCAACUCAAGUCGUUAUCCAAGCUUCGACCUCGCAGUGUCAGAUUCACGCUGGAACCUACUGGGUAGGGCUGUUGAACCUGUCUCUGUACAUUUGCUUGUUGAUUGAUUUUCACCAUAAGACGUAUGGUGCAGGAGAAGUUAAUUUCACCAAUAAUAAAUAUUAUGAAUAAUGUAUGUAUUUAUUUAAUAUCUGAAAUAAAUCUUGAUGA